CACGUGUGGCGCUGCGGAAUUUGAGUGUCGGCUUGAGCGCGUAUCCUUGACAACGUCCAAAAUGACUUGAUGGCGUCUUUAGUGGCCGAUUACGGUUCGGAAAGCGAAGAAGGAGGAGAAGAAGAAGAGGAAAGGUUGCCAUGUGUCUCAAAGACAGAAGAGGUUCCCGAAAAACUGCCAAGUCCAAAAUUUUUGAAGGACGGCCAAGAGACACAAGAGUCCGGCACGCGUUCCGUAUUUUCUAAUCCAUACAGAGAAGCCGAAGAAGCCCAGAAAUCGCUUUUGGAAAAACACGUCAAGAUGACUUCGGUCGAAAAACAGAGCACAUUAAAUGGGAAACAGAUAUGCUGGAACUUCCGAAAAGGAAAAUGCAGAUUCGGACACAAUUGCAAAUUUGCGCACGACAGCGACGCUCCCGUAGACAACCGGGCAAAUUUGGCACCGUUGUCGGCGACCAACGGAGAGAUUCACGAUGGCAGUGUAAAACCAAAACACAAAACAAAAAAGAGCGGCAAGCGUCCGGGCCUGUCGGAUGGACUCGUUCCCUCAAAAAAAGUAAUGAAAAUGUAUCGACAGAAUGCAAAUCUAUCCAAAGUAUAAAUCUAUUGCAUGUUGGAAAACCGAUUUUCCAAAGAUACUCGUCGCAGAGUAACUCCAUUUUUUCUAGUGAUACGUCAAAAGGAAAUUGCUGCUAAUGCAAGCUAAAUAUCAAUUUUUGAAUUUUUAUCAAAUUAACAGAACAUAAAUGCAUUUCAGCUCUAUCUUAGCACAAAAGUAGAAUGUUCAUUAUUACACUUCUCAUUCUUUCUAUCAGCUUCUCUAUCACAAAAAUCAUUUGAGGACGUAGAUUAGGAUAUUGAUAAUUUCCAAAAGAUAAUUUUUUGACUAAAAAUUAAUAGUUUAAAAUUAAACCAAACGGCAAGUAGUUUAACAUGAGUCAUUUAUUGCAUCGAGCAGUCUGAAAGGAUUAAAAAUGACCUUUUUACCCAUUUGAUCACCAUGACAUAAAAUUUUUUUAACAAAACAUUCUUAGUUGUAAUAGCAUUGUUUAUAAAUAGCAUAUGGCUUGCUUUUUACAGUGACAAAAUGCUUAUUUUAGGAAUACAUAAAAAAUUUCAUAACACAUAACUUAGCUUAUAAAUUUCAAAAAAUGCAUUUUUUUUAUCUGCAGAUUGUUCUCGACUACACACAGAUAGUCAAUUAUAUAAAUGCACAUAUCAACUUAAAAUUACUAUGUAGUUAAAACCAUUUAAUAAGCACUCUACCCGCUAGACGAUGCUAAUUAUCAAAUAUCUCUCACUACAAUCUUUCAAUCUCGGUCACAUAUCGUCGACAUACGAAAACCUCAUUCUUCCUAAUGCAUUACAAGAUUUCGUCUUUACGUAGCGGCAGAACGUACAGAGAAAAAUAAAUUACUUAAAUAUAUCAAAACAAGAAAAUAUUUGGAAGAAAGCAUUUCUGUUGAAAGUCUUUGUAACAUUAUUUUUUUAAAAAAUAUCAAAAUGUUUAUCAUCGUCAUCAAAAUAUUUACAUUUAUGUAAUUUAGCGUUUUUAAACUCAGGUAUUUAUUAGCAUAUCAAUCAUGUUUCCAG